AUGCCCCUCUGGCAAAUCUACCACCCACCCGGCUCCUUCGAGGACGAUUCCUCAAGGGCAGCAUUCGCCGAAGACAUCACGAAGAUAUACACUAGCCAUGGUCUACCAGCCUUCUACGUCGUCAUCAAUUUCAUCAAACUCGACCAUCAGGAUAUUUUCGUUGGCGGCAAGCAAAAAACGAAAACAGAGAAACUCUUCAUCCGCCUUGUUAUCACACAUAUUGCUGUGAAAUUACCGGAUGAGGAUGCCGCCUUUCUUCAGAUGACGUCCAGAAUUGACCAGGCUCUCAAGCCUCACAUCAUCGACAAGGGAUGGGACUUUGAGUACCAUGUUGAUGAGACCGAUCGGCGAUUGUGGAAGAUUAAUGGUAUCAUUCCUCCGCCGUUUAGGAGUGAGGAGGAAAAGAUUUGGAGUAGAGAGAAUAGGCCUGUUCCUUAUGAGGGAGGGUAUGCAUCACAAGAACCGAUGUAA